AACAGUAUAUAAGUCAGAAAACAGUGAUGUAAACUGGGUUUGCUGAAUGUAUGUUUGUGUAAGACAUGCUGCAAAUUAGUUAUUUCCCAUUUAACAGUGGAUUUCCCAGACAGGAGUUUAUUUUUCGUGCAUAGCUGAAGAAUAGCAGAAUGUCAACAAAUGAACCAGAGGAUCAUGGAGAGCAGCAGAGCAGUCAGCUCUUACCAGAAGAGGGGAAUAUUGCAAGUAGCCAACCACUGAAAACCAGUCAAGCACAUCAACACAUGGAGGAUCAAGACAAGGAUCAAGACGAUGGAAGUCAAAUCUCUGAGAUGGAAAAUGCAUGCUUUGUGAAGAAGGAGUUUGUAAGUGUAUGGGUACGAGAUCCUCAGGUACACAAGGAGGAUUUCUGGCACGCGUACAUCAGCUAUGAGAUCUGUCUUCAUACCAAUAGUAUGUGUUUCCGGAAGAAGACCUCUUGUGUGAGGAGGAGGUAUAGUGAGUUUGUUUGGUUGCGGCAGAAACUACAGAACAACGCUCUGCUCAUAGAGUUACCUAAACUCCCUCCCUGGAAUCCUUUCUUCAAUCUCAAUAACGACAUCCAGAUCACUCAACGGAUGCAGGGGCUGCAACAGUUUCUUGAGGCGGUUCUACAGACACCAUUACUGCUGUCAGACAGUCGACUGCACCUGUUCUUGCAGUCACAACUGAGCAUUGCAAAAAUGGAUGCGUGUGCACGUGGACUGACGCAUUACACCGUCGCACAGGCAAUACAGCGAUGUAUUGGUGAAGCACGCUUCCCUCCAGAGGAACAGCAUCAAGAAGAAGACUGCAAAACAUCCUGUGACUCAGACUGUGACAGUACAACAUCCUCUGGCUUGGGUAAUAGUAUAGGACCUGCUACACCUGUUGAAGAAGACUUGUCCCAUAGUGAGAGCUUUGCCCAUGAAUUUCAAACCACGACCCCUGAGGCAGAACUCUUCAGCAGCCUGUCUUCAUCUCCUAGCAACCCGCAGCAUGUGCACCCUUGACAUGCACUCAGUUAUAUGAACUAAAGAGAUGUACAUAUACACACACACACACACACACACACACAUAUAUAUAUAUAUAUCAAAGAGAGUCCCAGUUACUGUUUACAGCCUCCAGAGUUAUAUUUGGAUGGAUAAUGAGUGAAAAAAGGUCUUGAUUGUUUUAUUACAUGUCAUGUUUGUGUGUUUUCAUGUUCAUGUUGUUUGAUGUCUUCUUUUAAUAUCUCUCUCUCACAUAUAUAUAUAUAUAUAUAUAUAUAUAUAUAUAUAUAUAUAUAUAUAUAUAUAUAUAUAUAUAUAUAUAUAUAUAUAUAUAAUAUAAAUAUUUCUUUAUUUCAUAUCCUGUGGUCAUCAUAUUAAAUCAUCCUCCUUAACUGAAGAGCUGACCUGGAAAAAAAAAAAAAGAGGAGUAAAUGGACAGGAGUGAAUGACAGUAUGAAUUACAAAGUUAAGCAUCAUUAUAAAUGUUUUUCUUGAUGUCA